UGAACUCCAUCCGCGCGCGCGCCACAGUCAACCGCGCUGGCUGACGCGGCGCACGUCUCUGUCGCGCCAUUUUGAAAAAAAAAGUUAUUUACCAAAAACGUCAUCGCAUUCCAAAUUCAACAUUCAAAUACCGCGGAAUGUGAUCGGUGUCGUGACGUUUUAAAUGUGCCAUAAAUAGUGAUGUUACAAUAAAAAGUUUUGUUUUUUGUAAAUAAUAAAAAUGGGUGUUUUAUUGCUGUUUUUUGUGACCGUUCUGGUGGAAUGUGUUGUGGGGCAAGAGGCUGCGGAGUGUUUCGGGGCUGGCAGCGUGGCGGGAGCCGCGAUAGGUGCUUUCAUUGCCGCACUCCUGUUGGUCGCAGCCGCUUAUUACCUCAGGAAAUUGUAUUGGAAAUCGCGGAAAGGCAAGCACCUAGUCUUCUCCACGGACCCGGAGUCAGUGAAGGACGAGUUCGCGUUCGACAACCCCGGGUUCCGUCAGGAUGAGCGCACCGCGUGGUCACACGACGCGCCCACGCUGCCCCUGGGCGGCAAGGCUAGCGUCCUACAAGCCGAGUUCACCAAGCCUGAUCACAGCAAGGAUGACUCGCAUUUACAGCGCGCGCGAACACGCCGCGUGAAGCUAUGGGCACGCGACUUCACCGGUCUCGGCCUGCGUUGCGGCGGGGGCGCGCGGGAGGGUGUGCACAUACACUCUGUGCUCAAGAACGGACCCGCGGCCGCGGCUAAACUACAGCCUGGCGACAAAAUAAAGAGCAUCAAGAUAGAGUUCUCCGGGACGCCGCUAGAGGACGCCGUGUCCAUCUUGUCCCUGGCGUCGCCAUAUCCGGUGGAGUUGGAGGUGGUGGAGGGACAGAGAAGCUCUGGGAAUGGCACCCCGCUGCGGCAUCCGCUGCUUAGACGCGCUGGAUCUACAGGCGACGUAAGCACGCUUGAAAAAGAGGGACGGCUGCUGCAUCCACCAAAGUCACCUAACGCAUCACACUCCAAUAAUUCCACAUUGGAAACCAAACACGGUAAAGGAGGCAUCAAAAAGAUCAUCACAGAGAAGAUAAUCACAACCACAACUCUUGAAAGGAAUAAGAAAGAGAAGAAAGACGGGCAACCCACCACGUUAGAAAGAGAAAACGAAAAGAACAAGCUUGCACACAAACCGAGGCAUUCAGAUGUCCCACCUUCAUUAAAUAAACCUGAAAGAACAAAAGCAAGGCAUUCAACAGGCAGUGAUGUCCAGAUUAUUCAGCCAGAGAAUGGUAUAGCUUAUAAUGUUGAACAUGCUGAGGUACAGAAAAAAGACUACGACCCAAAGAGAGGCAUGAAGUUCGGUAUUCGGGUACUUCCUCCAAACGUACCCGAUGAUGGUGUCUUGAAACAAAAGAACAUUGAAAAUGGAGUAGUGGCUACAGAUAAGAAAACAGUUGAUGAAACUGACAAGCCUGAGCCGCAACGUCCUGCUCCGACUGCACAAGUCAGACAUGAAACCGAGACGGAGAAAAAACCAGUCGUUGCUAAAAGGAGGGAGAAGAUGGCACCACCUAUACCCAAUGCUAGAGUCAAAACAAACGAAUCUGAUCUAUCAGUCAGUCAUAAUACGUCAAGAACCUCAGAACCUUCCCUCACGACUUUCGCUAGGGAUGAUCUUAACUCCAGUGGGAUAAAAAGGGAUGAAAAUGGUAUACCUCAGGAGAUACCGCAGCAUAUGCUUGAUGCAGCGAAAGCCGCUAGAGUGAACAGAAAGAGUUCUGAGCUAUCCUUUGACAAAGAAAAGACAGAAAUCCAUCACAAGAAGGAUGAAGCUCCUAAGCCGACUAAAAAAUCGAAAGGCAAAGCGCCAUCCCCUCCAGAACGAGAAAAGAAUAAAACUGAUGAUAGUAUUAUAGAACAGAUGAAGAAUAUACACGAUUUCUUGAAAAAUGAAAAACAACAUUCAAGUUCACUACAUGACACUUCCGCUGCGUCUGACAACAAGUCUUCCACGACGUCAACAACAACGACUGUGUCAUCAUUCAAUACCUCAACUCCAAAGGUCAACAAAAUCAAAAGUAGCUCUCGCAUUGAAGACUCGAUGAAUUUCACUCAAGACGACAUUGACGAUAUUGUUUCCAAGCCUUUCAGAAAAGAGAGUGAUUCUUUAAACAACUAUUUUGAAGAUUCAAAGUCCAACUUAUCUUCCAACCAAGAUGUGCAUUCAGUUGUAUCGCUGAACAACAGUGAGAGAAGUGACAAGGGGUCAACGACUAUAGAACUCAAUAACAGUGAUAUUACCAUUCACAGUUCUCCUCUCAAUGAUACAGCACGCUCUGCGUCCGUUGAUACAUCAAUUUUGGAUGAAAACGAGCGAAAAGCUGCUUCUUUAGGCGAUCUUUCUAGAUUUGAACUUCGGGCUAAGACUAGCAAACCAUCUACUGGUACUCUAGAAAGGGCACAAAGUCUCGAUAUAUCCGCAGACGAUGCUGAAAUUAAAGAAAGCACUUUGUCGCCUAAGAAACGCAAGGCUAUGUCUGUCGUCGAGACAACAUUUUUCGAUUCGGGUUCCGAAGAUGUUCUGCCCGACAUGAUAGAUGCUGAUAAAGGAGUUGUUAUUAAAAACAAAGAGCCAAGACUUAGUUUAAAUAUCGCAAAGACUUCUGCAAUUGAAGGUCUUAACACAUUCCAGAGAAAUCGUCUAAAGAAAGGUUCCGAGUUUGGUAAUUUAGAAGAUGCUAUCGUUAAAGGAUCUAGUAGUUCCAUAGAUUCAGAAAAAGUUGAACCACAAGAAAUAUUAAUCAGCAAGAAAUCAGACAAAGAAUUAGAUACACAUAAAGAAGAUGAAUCACAUGAGACUUCAGAUCAUUUGGCUAGAAGAAUAAUGGAUGAAAAUAUGAAAGUUCAUUUGAAACUCGUGUCUGAAUUCGCCAAGUCAACAUCUGAUGAUAGUAACAUGAGUUCUUUGGAUAACACGCAAGAACUCCCAUCCGGCUCUGUCACUGAAACGUCACCUUUAAAAUACGAAGAAAAACUAAGUAUGACAUAUGACACGAACAUUCCGGAUGAUCUAAAAGUGUCUCGAAAUACCUACGUAAACAGUUUGGAGAGGCCGAAGUCAGAUAUGAUGAAAAAGCUUCUAGCCAAGAAUCCAAUCUUGAAUGUACAUAUCGAUCAAAAUGCACAAAAAAGCGACGCUACAACUAGUAAGGACCCACAACCGUUGACAGAUUCCUUCAAGUCUUCCAUGCACCAGCCGGAUAUUGUCAACUUCGAUUUAAAGUCCAGUGAACCUAAACCAAGAGAUUACGAUGAUUACGUAAGUAACAUCAGAAUAGGUUCAAACAAUAACAGUUUGAAGCACAACAAAAAACCUACCCUUGAGACGUUUUCCACUGAGUGGUCGGAACCAAAAGACACUCAUAGUAGCAGUCAUCGCGAUAACAUCGUGACAAUAUCUACUAAUGAGAAAAAACAGCCUUCUGAUGAACAAAAAAGAUCGUACACAAAAUCUAUUGAAAUCGGUGAACCUACAAUGAGGCUGGUUCCGGAUGUAAUCGAAGGCAUUAGAAGAAGAGGUGAAGAGAGAGAAGGAAGAACUUUAUAUAUGGAACCGGGAAAUGUGUCUUUAACCAUGACACAAGAACCAAUUCAAAAGACAGUGACAGUAAACGUUGCGGAAGAUGAAUUUGGUAAUAAAGUAAUUACACAGAACGUUGAAAAGGUUUCUACCAAAUACAUCACAGCUAAAUCCGAAGCUCCUUUGCAAGUAGAGCAAAUAAGUUUCGGCAUUAUGAAAAGUUCUGGAGAUAUAAACGAAGUGGACUUAGAAGAAGGUAAUGUAAAGGACAUCGAUAAGAAAAUUCUAGAAGAAAUCAAGAGACAGAACCCGAACAUGCAUUUUACAACUGAAGAGCCAUCGUACACUAGAACCGAAACUAUAAUAUUAAAUACACAGCUAGGUGAAGAAGAAGCAAAACUUUUAAUGGAGAGACUACAAAAUGACCCUAGUUUCAUGGCCGAAAAAACACCUGAAGAGCUGUCCCAGAUGGGCAUUAGAAUCAUACAUGACUUGGAAGAUGUACAACAUAAGAGUCAAGAUGCAGCAGAAGUUGUUAAAACAAGAUAUACGAUUAAUCCAAUGGUGAUAUCGGACGCAAAAAAGUGUUCCAGAGAUGCUUCGAAAGAUUCUGAAGCUCAAAACGAUCACAUAACAGAAAUACAAGUGGUAACGCCGCGUACAGAGAAGAUGACCAAACAAAAAUCAGAUUUGACUAAAGAUAAGAUUUCUAGCAGACAACGAGCCCCUCCUUACGAAGAGCCUCCUUUAUCCUACGAAUUAGACAUGGAAUUAUUAAACGAUUUCAUUUCAAACGAGCGACACCACUCAGCGAAACAAAUAAUCGACGCUAAGAAACGAACGAAUUCGAACCAAUUCGUCGAACCAAAGAAACGCCAUUCUGACUUUGAUUUGCCGAGGAAUAGUCAUAUCAAGUUCCGUACAGCGACUUAUGAGUCUCCGAAGGGGACGAUAGUGACAAGCACAGAUCUUGAGAACAGAAGAUUGUCACAGUUGGAUCAGAUGCAGUUGCGAGGGCCAGGCGAGCAGAGCCUGCCGGGUCAAAAGCCGGCAUUGUUGGCGAAACCUAGUAGCAUACCGGUCAAGACAGGCGAGAAGAACAAACCAGUAGCGGUGGGAGUUUCUUCCAAGAUUCCGAUAUUCAGCAAGUCGCAAAGUCAAGAGAACUUAACGGAAAAGACAUUUGCUCUUCCCCGCUCACCCCCGCCUUCCCUAAGCAGUAGCACAAGCAAUAUCUCUGUGACGUCUAUCAAGAGCAGUUCACGAAGUCCAAGCGGUGGUAGGUUGUAAAAUAAAGUUAAUGCAUAAUUUGGGAAACUAAUUUUAUGUAAUCCGGUUCAAAUGAAAAACAUGUGAAGAAAAAUGCGUGAAGCAUUUCAAACUCUAAGUCUUGAAAAGUGGCCUUAUAUUAUGUUCGAGAAGUAAGUAUUAUACUUAAGGGUGUUUUCAAAUGUGUAGAUGGGAAUUUGGUAGCCAGUUUGAAAAAGUGUAUGUAUAGUUCCAACCACUUUGAUGCUGCAUUAGUAGGUGCUGAACGCAUCUUUAUAUCUUUGACAUACAAUACCCAAUUCUUCAUCGAUAAAGAAGACACCUAUUUGGUUAAGUAUAUUUACUGAAGUUUGAUAAAAAACCUAUCAUCUAUUUUAGAUAUAUUUGAUAUUUUACGUAAUACAAAACAUGUUACAAAUAAUUCUUAGAUUUCACUUUAAUCUAUCGAAAAAUGUGCCUUGUACUUUAAAAUUACUGAAUAUUAUUGUCUUAUAUUAUAUUUGUAUGUACUUAAUAAUAAAUAGAUUGUGUUAUGGGGUUGUGAAAAUUACUAGAUGUAUUCAGCGAAUCAUGUAGAUUUAAUAUUUUAAAUUUUACAAAUUUUGCCACAAUUAUCAUUGGGCAGCUAACAAUUUAAUGUUACUUAAACACUUAGGUAUUUUCUUAAAAUUAGUGGGAUUGUAGUACAUAGUCUACUACGCAUAUCUACAGCUAAGUACUUAGUCGAAACUGAACAUUGCAGUGACAUUUAUUCGACUUUUGAACAGCCUUUGACAACCUCACCUUAAAAUGUUGAAAGCAGAUACAGAUUCUUACAAAUCUUACGCGCUACCAGAAUUUUCAGUCUUAUACUAUGUGGUUUUUGACAUAACGCGGCAUUAUUUUUUUUUUCGAAAUAAAUAAAACGAAAAUCAACCUAGUUGUGUAAUACUGAUUGUAAUUCCUUGUUAAAAUUCUAACAACGCGUGCGAUUAAAAAACAUCCUGAUUUGCUUCCGUUUGAUGUACUUAUUUAAUAUGAGAUUAAAAAGAAGUAUUUACCUUACACAUUCCGUCCUAAAAGUAUUAGCAUAAAAUAAAAAUACAUGAAUAAAAUAAAAUUAUCAAUAAUUUUACAAGUAAUAAUUAAGUGUAUAUUGAUAUAUUAUAAAAAUGUUUUUCUGGGCCAUUUAUUUGUUAGCUUGUAGAAUAGUAGUUCAUAAAUGUUAUAUUUAUUAACGAAUUUUACAACAAGAUACCUUGAUGCAAUAAGUUUUGCGAAAUUUAUGAAAAAACAUAAAAACAGGGAUGAUAAUCACAUUCCAUUAUUAUUAUUAUUAUUAAAAUGUGCCUAAAAUGUUACUUUUAGACAAAAAGGUAUAUAAAUAGAAUUAAAUAAAAGAUAAUAAAUAGAUACCUAUCACACAAGUGUUUUUCUUUAAAUAAAAAUGUUCAAUGUAAUGUUUUAAGGAAUAACUAACAAGUUAUCACACUUAUACAAAUAUUAUGUAUUAUAAAAUAAAUAAUUUCCAAUGUUAAAA